CAUUUCUCGCUGACCAACACUUGUUUGCCAAUUUUGUGCGCUUUCGUUGUUUGUUUUCGUUAUUUUAAUAAAUUUGCAUUUAAUUUUGCGAAAAACAACGAGAUGAGCUUGGCGUAUGGCCCCCCGCCUUCCGAUUCGGACUCGGACAGCAGCUACGAUGGCUUCUACUUUUCGGAUACGGUCAAGCGCCCAAAGCCUCAGCAGUUUGUGGCCCCGGAUCAGAAGCUCUACGAUGCCGUGCUCGAUGGGGAUAUGGAGACAGUGAUCCGGGAAAUAGAUGCCCUGCGGUUCAAUGUGAACGACUCGCUGAGUGACGGCCCGACGCUGUUGAUGCACGCCUGCCGUGGGGGCCACUACGACUUGGCCGUGUACCUGAUUGAGCAGAGCUCGGCUGGCGUCAACAAGCAGGUGGAAUCUCAGAUGCCACUGAUGGAGGCAUGCGACUGCUCGAAGAACGAUCCGUACUUGGUGGAGAAGCUGGUCCGCCUUCUGCUCCGCCAUGGGGCAGUCAUCAAUGUCUCGAACAAAUUCGGCAUGACUCCGUUUAUGCUCGCCUGCCGCAACGGCUACACCAACGUUGUCCGCCUGAUGAUCAAGGGUGCCAGCUUGAACGCCGUGGACAACCAUGGCUGCACCGCGCUCUUCCAUGCCAUCGAGAAGAACCACGCGGACAUUGUGAAGCUGCUGGUGGAGGCGGGCGUCAAUGCCACGAUACCCAACGGCAAGGGCUACACACCCACCCAGGCGGCCGAGUCGCAUGGCUACUAUGAUCUGCUGGAGCUGCUGCCACGGGCUGUGGAAACGUACUCGGUGCCAUCGCACUUCCUAGGCUACCACACGCUGCGGGACCACAUUCCACGCAUCUUCCUGAAGGCCGACUGCCCGGAGUACUUUCAGGAGCUGAACAGCAUCCUGCAAUCCAUCAAUAUGCAGGACCAGCUGCAGCAUUUUGCCAUUUCACGCACAUCCCUCGCCGAGUUCCUGGUGAUGGACGAUCAGGCGCUCAAGUCAGUGGGCAUCCCAUUUCCCGUGCAACGCAACAAGAUUAUGAAGGGCAUCCUGGACUUUCAUCUGCACCAUUGGUCCAACAAGUCAAUCGCUCGAGUGAAGAAGGAUGGAAUGGAUAACUUCUAUGAGAUUCUGAUGAUCGCUGCCAAUCAUAUGCAACAGUUGGUCAUCGUUCAGGCUUCCCUGGACUUUGUGAAGAAGAAUCUAAAUGCAGGGAAGCUGGGCCAAACUUCGUCGAUCCAGUUGGCCAACCUCAAGACGAACAUCAAGGCAUAUCGCAAAUCGGUCGAUGACCUAACCAAGACUGUUAAAUAUCUUGGUUCGUUCAGUCCGGCAAAGAAUCCGCUGCACAUCGACUACGAUGAGAUGCUGGCCGAGCGGAAGCGCACAACGGUGCGGCGCUACUUCAAGUACACAACCAUUAUACUGGGCAUCUCAGUAUUCGUCUGCCUCAAGUGCAAGUGGUUCGGUUUGUAGGGUUAUUCCCCGGAACGCUUUUAGCUUUGCAAAGUACAAAUAAUGUUGAUCCUCAUGGAAUUUGCAUAAUUCGCUUGUGUUCUCUUUAAUCAAAAUAGUUUGUAGGUUAAGAAUUACGAAACCAAGCAAGUGUUAUAUGAAGUUGAUAAGUUUAAAUGCGUUAAUAAUUAAAUUAAUA